CCAUUCCACCGACGUCUACCGUCAACGAUUUGUUGUUUCGCGCUCAUCGUGAGCAGAUCGCCACGUUUCGAUCGCACUGGUAGACACAGCACGCUCGCAUAGGUCGUCGCUGGUGGUUUAGUAGUAGAAUAUCUUGCUUCCAGAAACUGCUGUCGGUGUCGAAUAUUCGGAAAGGAACUGAAUCAACGGACGACAAAGAAUUAGCAGCGCAGCGGCAGAGUGAGCGAGUUAGCAGCAAGCACCGCACAAGCAGCCUCAACUUGGGCCAACGCAAGUCAGAGAGAAGUGGUGAAGGUUGCCGCCGUGGGCCAGCAAUCGUACACCCAAUAGUGGAAGGGAGUGCUGGAGGUGGAGUGAUAGAAGGUCUCCCCAGUACCGGCGAGCGGCCAGUACUACUAAUACUAGGCGAGUGGAAGCCGAAUGACGAUCGUGCGACUAACGCAGCAGCGACUAGCUACCACACCCGAAUCUUCGUUCUAAGUAUACGCCUAGCCGGGUACUCGUAGUGAAUCGUGGUUGUCAGUUGUGUUUUGUGUUUCGGGCAGUUCCCACACGGUCAUACCCACGGCGGUCUACAGUGGCCUCUAAUGUUUGAACGUUCCGGAACCCAAAACGGUACUCCUCUCGUCACGGCUAUUGUGUGGAAGUGUUUUGUGAGACACGAUCGACAAGACAAAGCUAGUGCAGUGCAGUGCAGCAGCUAGAACCUUACGUUACCAACGAAAGAUAGCCUUCAAAUCUUCAGCGCUUGUGCCGUGAAUAUUUGGGAAGGUUCAUCUCUUUUCGUUGAUCUACAAUUGCGACCCAAAAACGGCCAGUGGCCAGUGAAAAAAGUGGCAAAAUGUUUCCCUCGAUCACUCGAUCAUCGAUGCAUCGUUUGCUCGCCACCGUAUGCUUGUUCCAGCUGGCUACAAUUAUACCCCGACCAGCCCUUGCCAACGAUAACCUGCGUGUGGCGUACCAGUGGAACGAGAUCGAUUUUGAGUUUUCCAGCGACACCGAACGACAAGAGGCACUCGCUUCGGGGCGCUACAUCCCGGAAAAUGUGAUUCCCGUCGGACUGGAAGUGUACAAGAAGCGACUCUUUCUGACACUGCCCCGAUGGAAACAGGGCAUUCCGGCAUCGCUCGCAUACAUCAACCUCAACGAAACGACAACACAAUCGCCACGGUUAUACCCUUACCCCAACUGGAGUGCGCACCGACGGCUCCCCGACGAGGCCGGAAAUAGUGUCGCCGACGCACAGGAAAUAGUGUCACCGUUCCGCAUACGAGCGGACCGUUGUGGCCGGCUAUGGGUACUGGAUACCGGCGUUGAUGAGCUGCUGGGCAACACCACCGUCAUUGCGCCCACAUCACUGGUAGUGUACGACCUGCAUACCGAUAAUCUUCUCCGGCGCUACCAGUUCCCCAGUGAUCAUCUCAAAGAAGGCUCAUUUUACGCAAAUAUUGCUGUAGAAGAUGCCGUUUGUGAGGAUACCUUCGCAUACGCGGCCGAUCUCGGUAGCCCAGCUCUGGUGGUGUACUCCUGGAAGCAGCAGGAAUCGUGGCGCGUUAAGCAUCACUUCUUCCACCCGGAUCCAUUAGCCGGCAACUACAACAUCACGGGCAUCAACUUCCAGUGGGACGAUGGACUGUUUGGAAUUGCACUCUCCAAGCCGCAACCCGAUGGCUAUGCGACACUUUUCUUCCAUCCACUGAGCUCACUCAAUGAGUUCUCAGUGUCCACUAAGGUGCUGCGGAAUCGAACCUACGCGCUUGACUCCAGCAACUACAAGGAAUUCAAAGUUCUCGGAUCGCGAGGUCCUAACGGGCAGGCCGGGGUGGCCUUUCUCGAUCAGAAAACCGGCGUUAUUUUCUACGCUCUGCCCAACCUCAACGCCGUCACGUGCUGGAAAACAUCCAACCGUGCAUACACUAUUAAGUCUCUCGGUCGCGUUUACAUGAGCACCGUCGAUAUGGUAUUCCCCAAUGACGUCAAGGUGGAUGACGAAAGUCGACUCUGGGUACUGUCCGAUCGGCUGCAUCAGUACAUGUACGAGUCGCUCAAUCGGAAUGACACCAACUUCCGCAUCCUUACGGCUACGGUAAAGGAUGCCAUUCAAAACACGGCCUGUGAUACGAACAUCAAACCGCUUCCGGAUAUCAUCACAAACCUCGGUGACAUUCUACGGCCAUCGACCAGCACAGUGGCUCCAAGAGCUGGUUCCAGUACGGUACCGACUCUUCACUCUAAACCUUUCCUCAUCUUACUGCUAGCAACCGUAAUUACUCUUCUUUUCUCGCCAAACCUCAUCACAACGUAGCUCACGAUAACUCUGAGCUAGUCGCAUUAUGGCCGCUCGGGGAAUCGAUAAUGUUUGAAUCCAAAAACCGUUGCAGUCCGUUCCACAGCACAGAUGCGAUUGUAAAACAAUCACAUUGGGUGAAGGCACAAACACAGCUUCUUUUAGCUUUCUUGAACAAAAAAUAUGUUUUAUCAGUAUUGUAUAAAGUAUCAUUUAGCAAGUCCACUUGGCAGGAGAAGCCAUUUUUUAAUGUUGAUUAGCGCUUACAAAACUCUCCCCCGAACGCAACUAUCGCUCUUUUUAACGCUAUAUAAGCAACCGUAUCCCUAUGGAUUCGAAUAGCAAAUCAAUCCAAAGCACGAGCUAGGUAAAAUAUGUUAUGGUAUUAUGGUACCAGCUCAUAUCCGACUUUCCUCAAUCUACCCCCGGCAAAAUUACGCCUAUCAAGUGAUCAACCUUGUUUAACGGCCAUAUUCCCUGCAGUGUUUUACAACCAUGGUCUGUGAGCAGUUGUGUCAUAAUUGUUAAUAAUUAGUCAACGUACCAAAAUAAAAAUAGGAAAAAACGAUUUAGAACACUACCGACCUGGAGUAUUCUUUAUGGUGGUUUAUUUUAAGUAGCUAAUAAUCUUCCUCGCCACUCAGUCAUUCGUGUUGUUACCUCCGACUACAAUACCACAAAAGGGUAUUUCCAAAACUAAGCCUGGGAAUCAUUCUUAUUUUAUCACUUCUUGCAGACAAAAUAGCUAUCCUUGUUUCCAUUCCUGUUUUACUAAACCAAACGCAUGACAGUUUAAGGUUAAAAAAAGGAUUUUUUGUUAAAUUUUCUGAAUCGAUUUAUCUGCAGGAACUUCUGAGCGGAACCAAACAUACGACUCACCGGUCCGUCCGUAUAUAUGUUUAAAACAUACUACACGGAACACUUUAUAAUCUACCACUUUCCUUUUCUCUGGAACGAUGCUAGCAGAACAAAAUUUGUGGUUGGGUUUCCGGAAAAGUUCAGGAAAUGUGUGAAGCUUGAACUCUUUUCUGAACUUUUUUAGCAAACAUCGAAUUGGAAGUUUAACGAUUCUACGAUUGUUAUGCGUUAAUUGUUACUUUUACAGUCUAUUCACAUUUGCAAUUCACAAUGAAUGCAAGCAGAUAGCUUCAGAAAUUUUGAAAGAAAUUUUAAGUAACUUGUCCAUUGUGCGAUGCACAUUCGAGAGCUGGAAUAAAGAGUUUAUAUAUAUAAUAUGCUUGCCAGGACUUGCAAUAUACUGCAAGGACGCUUCUGUCAUUGAAGACCUGUCACGAUUAUUGAAAUCAAGCGGAAAACUCUUGCAGAUAAGAUGCAAAAAAGUGUGGAAACCAAUACGAAUUCAAAUAGCUCUUCCGCUGCAUAACUACAUUAAAAUGAGACAUACAAUAUAUUGGCAACCUGUCAAAUUGAUGAGAAGAUAGGAGACUCAGUUUUGAUUGAAUGCAUAAUGCACCCUCGGGGCAUUGGAGAGUUGAUGGAGAGUUAUGGAAAAUUAUACUAAACAUACUAUUGUCAUCAUUAGAAGAACUGGUUGCAUAGAAUACUACACAGAAUGCCUUUAAAAGAUACAUUUAUUACUUCGUGCACUAUUUUCCCAUCCUGUUUAGCUAUUCCAAAUGGUACAUUGAGAUGACACUUUAGGAGGAUGGUAUAAACGGGACGCUUUGAUGAUCUUAAUCGAAUAUAUUUAAAUGAUGAAUUUCCACGCUUCGCUGCUGCACAACAAUUUCACUAUAUAUACAACCUUAAGCAUUUGCUACACUUUCUACGUAAAAAUGGAACAUAAACGCUAGGAAAACUUACUUUAGAAAAAUUGCUUAGUCGGGAAAUUCACACUUGUAAUCGCUUAUCGUCAUAAUAUUUCAACGUUAUUGGCUUUUCUACCAUCACUCCGACUUGGCUGACCUUUGCUUCUCCACAUUUACGUCUACGGCGAUUGCUUUUAACGCUAUUCAUCAAAUAGUGGACACUGUGAAGAUGUGUAUGUUCCUCCUCUGGAAAGCUUUGCGACACUACACCACGCAUUUUGUACAGUACGUGCUUAAACAUGGUGAUGGGUUUGCUCGCAGUACAGAUAGAUGCUACUAUGCCGGCUAUAUAUAUGGUAUGGUAUGCAUGGUGUAGCAAAUUGUAUGAAUUUCAUGGGUGCAAUACCAUAACAUUAUUUCGCACUGUUCGGUCAUCAGGCCUAUUUCAUUAUCUUUCGUCGUCAAUUGCACAUGUACAUAGAAGGUUAUUACUUGGUCUUUGAAUUCUUAACCAAACAUCAAUAGCAUACAGCUAAUAAGAAGCAAAUGUAACACUCGAAAGAUUUUCAUUGUGAACAGAAAUUAAAAAAAAAACACUCAGAAUUGUGUAAUCGUUAUGAUAAAGCAGAGCAUUAUGAAAA